UCUCGUUCGCUCUCCUCCGGUCCCCUCCUCCUUCGUGCAUCUUCGGCUCUUUUCGGCAUGCCGAAGCCAACACACACAAAAAAAGGUGCUGCGUGCACACUGACAUGGAUCGAGUGGCUCACCUUGCAUCCUAGCUCGGUACGAACCGGGUUAACCGGACGACCUUAGCACCCCACCCGCGACUAAACACCCACCCACCCACUUACCCCCACCCUGGAGGUCCUCGUCGUCGUCGUCGUCGGGCUGGUUCGGUUCGGUUGGAGACGACACGAGACCACGACGCUCCUCUAAAGGGGGCGCCACAGAGCGCGACGAUGGCGUCGUACGACCAGCUGGCCCACCAGGUGGCGGCGCUGCGCAAGGAGAACUCCCACCUGCGGAGGGAGCUAGAGGACAACUCCAACCAUCUCUCCAAGCUGGAGACGGAGACGUUCGGCAUGAAGGAAGUGCUCAAGCAGCUGCAGUGUAAACUGGAGCAGGAGGCGGGGACUCUGGCGUCGUCGGGCCGCAGUGACGUGCUGCACCAACUCAAAGAGCUGCACAUGGACCUGACCAACUACUACGAGCUGAAGCAUCAAGCUCAUCAAGCUCACAACUUCCGGCUGCUGGCUGACAGUCUGGGCGGGGCGGGGCCGCCCGGGGCGGAGCGAGAAGACCGCUUGGCUCUUCCCCCGCCGUCCUGCCCCUCCUCCGCCUCGUCGGCGGCGGCGGGCCGCGCCAAAGCCUCGUGUCGCGGCGUGGACGUCGCCGGCGUCCUGUUGCCUCACCACUUCCUGGACGGAGCUCCGCCCAAGACAGCGGUCAUCAGCGGGGCGGACGGGCGGCUCAGCGACCACCACGUGGAGGAGCUGUACAAGGAGAGGAACCAGCUUUUGGGGGAAAUCGACCACGAGGAGCGGGAGCGCUGCUGGUACUUCAGCCAGCUGGAGGCGCUGUCCCAGAAACUGACCCACUUGCCUCGCAUCGACACGUUCUCCCUGCAGAUGGAUCUGAUCCGCCAGCAGCUGGAGUUCGAGGUCCAGCAGGUGCGCUCGGUCAUGGAGGAACGCUUCGGGACCAGCGAGGAGAUGGUCCAGCGCACUCAGAUGCGUGUUGCUCGUCUGGAGCAGCUGGAGAAAGAACUGCAGGAGACCCGAGGGAGUCAGGAGAGCCAACUGCAGCUAUCGGGUGCAGAGAGGCCCCCUGCUGGAGAAGUAGACAACAACAUGUCGGCAGGAACAGAAGGUGCAGCAGACGGAGCAAACAAGGUGGAGAUGGUGUUCUGGCUGCUGUCCAUGUUGGCCAACAGGGACAAGGAAGAGAUGUCCCGGACUCUCCUGGCCCUUUCCAGUUCUCAGGACAGCUGCGUCGCCAUGAGAAAGUCUGGCUGCGUCCCCCUGUUGGUCCAGAUCAUUCACGAAGCUCCAGGCGGUGGUGGUGGCACAGCGGACGAAGCUGCCGGUGGCCCGACAUCGUGCUGUAGCCGUGAGGCUAAGUCACGGGCCAGCGCCGCCCUGCACAACGUCAUCUACUCCCAGCAGGAUGAGGGCCAGGCCCGCCGGGAGAUGAGGGUUCUGCACAUGCUGGAGCAAAUCCGAACUUACUGCGACAGUGGCUGGGACUGGAUCGAGAACCACACCGAGACUUCAUCUGGUCAAAUCAGAAUUACAGAUAUUCCAGAACCGGUGGACCCUCAUCUCUGUCAGGCCAUAUGUGCCAUAAUGAAGCUUUCCUUUGAAGAAGAGUUCCGGCGCGCAAUGAAUGAACUAGGUGGAUUGCAGGUGGUGGCAGACCUGAUCUACCUGGAACAAGAAAUGUACGGCACGCAAAAUGACCCCAUCAACAUGGCGCUUCGGCGUUACGCUGGCAUGGCUUUGACCAACCUCACCUUUGGGGACGUGGUUAACAAGGCCACUCUAUGCUCCAAAAAGGGUUGUCUGCAGGCUUUGGUGUAUCAGUUGGGCUCCGACAGUGAGGAGCUACACCAGGUGGUCUCCAGCAUCCUCAGAAACCUGUCCUGGAGGGCCGACAUCAGCAGCAAGCGAGUACUACGAGAUAUUGGCUGUGUAUCUGCUCUGAUGACCUGCGCCCUACAGGCCACCAAGGAGUCUACUUUGAAAAGCCUGCUGAGUGCUCUGUGGAAUCUGUCAGCUCACAGCAUGAACAACAAGGAGGCGGUGUGCGCCGUUGACGGUGCUCUUGGCUUCCUGGUCAGCACACUCACGUACCGCUGUCAGACCAACUCCCUGGCCAUCAUUGAAAGUGGAGGCGGGAUCCUGCGAAAUGUGUCGAGUCUGGUGGCUGCACGAGAAGACUACAGGCAAGUCCUGCGGGAUCACAACUGCCUCCAGACUCUCCUGCAGCACCUGCGCUCGCAUAGCCUGACUAUCGUAAGCAAUGCUUGUGGAACACUUUGGAAUCUCUCUGCCAGAAGUCCCAAAGACCAGGAGCUGCUUUGGGACCUGGGUGCAGUGAGCAUGUUGCGCAACCUCAUCCACUCCAAACACAAGAUGAUCGCGAUGGGCAGCGCUGCAGCUUUGAGGAACCUCCUGACCAAUCGACCCCCCAAGUACAAGGAUGCUUCGGUGCUCUCCCCGGGCUCGUGCGUCCCCUCGCUGUACAUGAGGAAACAGAGGGCGCUUGAGGCGGAGCUGGAUUCCAAACACCUCACUGAAACCUUUGACACCCUAGACAAACCGAGUCCCAAGCAUUUGGGCUUCAACAAGCAGCUCCGUCACAUUGAAAGUCUAGCCAAGGAUUAUGCGUCCGAUUCUGGUUGUUUUGAUGAUGAAGAAGCCCCUAUAGUCUCCAGUAGUCUGGAUACUGGAAGUAUCUCCAUGCUUUCCAUGUACCUCACCAAUUCAAACUUCCUACAAAACCGUAAGCAGGACAAUGAGCCAGAGAGGGAUGUGGACCUGCCUCAGAUGGACAGGAGACACGGUGUGUCUGAUGAUGUUGUGUCUGCUGCUGCUGAGAAGCUAGCUAAGAAAAUCACCAACACGGUUGCUAAAAUUGACAGAUUAGUGGAUGACAUAACCAUGCACACGUCCUCUGAGGAUAGUUUUAGCCUCAGCUCUGAAGAUCACCUGGCAGAUUGGCCUUAUGGAUUGGAUGAGCUCAACGAAGCCCGAGCUAAGUCGUGUUCUCCCUGCCGUCUCUCGGAUACAAGCAGCUUGGCCCAAAGAGAGCGUCUCAGCAGGGCACAUGCGUUACUGCGCCUCAAAAGUGCUCAUACAAGUGUAUCCACAGACAGCCUGAAUAGUGGCAGCACCAGCGAUGGUUACUGUGGCAGUAAAGACCAAAUCCGACCUGCACCAAAAGCUCCCAUCCUCCAACAACGACCUAAUCAGCUCGAUCUUAAAGUGGCCCAUCAAGAAUUCCUGAACGUUCAACCUGCCAUUUUGAGUAAGAUGACCCAGCAAGAUAUUCCUGAGAGAGAUUCUGUGGAUAUCAAAGACAAAAUAUCUUUGGAGCUCAUUGACACAGAUGCAGAAACGAACCAGGAUCAUCCUGUGCAAACACCUGUAAGUGCAUCAACUAAAGUCUCCUCAGACAUCAGCAUGGCCUCCAUAAAACUCUCUCCCUCAUAUCAACAAGUUCCUCUCAUUCAGAGCGUAGCUAAAUUUGGGGUAGCAAAAACAUCCAUUAACGUUCAGGCAGCUGAAGCCAUGAGGAGGCAAGCCUGGGUACCCACUGUGAUGACAGGGGGAAGCAUGACAAAAUUUUCUCCAAUGGCAUCCAGCAGAAGUCCAACUAUCGGGACCAUGGAAACAGUCCAGAAAUACUCGGUGGAGAACACACCAAUCUGCUUCUCUCGAUGCAGUUCCUUGUCCUCCCUGUCUUCUGGGGACGGAGUGCUGGAUGAACAAAGUGACAAUGAGUUGGAGAGUGACUCGUCACUUGAAAUUAUUGAAGUUGAAGAUGGAGAAGAGGUGAAAAGGGCUGAAGAGGAUGAGACCUUGGAGGAUCUGAGUGACAGCCAGUUGCUUAUGACUGAUUCAAAAACCUUCCCAAGCAAAGAGGCAGAUCCCAUUGAAAUUCAGUGUCCUUCCAAAAGGGAAAAGGUCUUCCUUAAGGGCUCUUUACCAGCAGAAUUAGAAGACAGAUCGCCAUCCAGUUCUUCUGAAAACUAUAUUCAUGAGACCCCUCUGGUCAUGAGUCGCUGCAGUUCAGUCAGUUCACUGGGAAGUUUUGAGUCUCCGUCCAUUGCCAGCUCAAUCCAAAGUGAUCCCUGCAGUGAGAUGAUCGAUGGAACCAUCAGUCCGAGUGAUCUUCCGGACAGCCCCGGCCAAACCAUGCCUCCCAGUCGAAGCAAGACUCCGUGUUGCGUCGAGUCAAAUGGAGCUGAAGUGCAGACGGCUGGCUUGGCAGGACAGUGGGAAAAUAGUCUGCGAAAGUUAAUGGAGGUUACAGACUCCAAAGACAGGUUUAACAUUCCUCCCGACUUAGACACAAUGAUUUAUUUCACCGUGGAAAAGCCCAUUGAGAAUUUCUCCUGUGCGUCGAGUCUGAGUGCUUUGCCACUUCAUGAACACUACAUCCAGAAAGAUGUGGAGCUCAAACUGACCCCCCUGCUCCAGCAAAAUGACAGCAACCUACAAUUUCAUGAUGAUGAUGACCAGGGCCUUGACCAAGGAGAGAGAUACAGUGAAGGCAAUUCCGAUGACGACAUAGAGAUUCUGAAGGAGUGUAUCAACUCAGCAAUGCCAUCCAAAUUCAGGAAGGUUAGACCUUCCUUGAUGACCAACAUUCCUCCUCAUUAUCUCAGUGCACAAAAAGCAUUACAUCUUCCAGUGUACAUGAUGCUCCCAAAUGGCAAAACACAGUUGUGUCCUGGGAGGAGAAUUGUCAUCCCACAGAAGGACAUCAAGUAUGACGAUUCAUCCAUCACUGAUUCAGCUGAAGGUACACCAGUCAACUUCUCCAGCACAACUUCACUGAGUGAUGAAACCCUGCAGUACUCAGUAAAAGACUGCAGGGCAAGGCCCAUUUCCAAGCAAGGAAUACUUGAUGAGGAAGCAAAGAGGAUUGAAGACUUGAGAAUAUUCUCCCACUUUCACAAACCAAACAAGUUGAGUUACCCGCCUGUGAUUCCAACAGGCCGCUCAACCAAACACAUCAUUCCAACCCACAAGGUGCUGAUGCAGAGCAAGGAAGUGGCCGACAGAGUUGCUAGUCAGAGGAAUCGCGAUCACUCGCCCAGCCAUCAGAAGAAGAUGAAAUAUCAGCGCUCCGCUGGAAAGCUGGAAUUACCUGUCAUAGAACAGAACCUGGAAAGUACCACUAAUCAGGAAGGGCAAAAUAGAAACGGAGGACAAAUGUCACAUUCAUUAGAGGGGGCUAAACACUUCUACCACAACGAGGAAGACAGCAAGCAUAUUAGCAGAAACAGGAUCAGGGAAGAAAGCAGAAAUACUCUCUCGCGGAGCAUGACAAACAUCGGUCGGGUCAGUGUUUCCCAAACAAAGACGAGAGGAUUUCACAGACUAAAACAAAACCUGAUCAAGAGCGAAUCACAGGCAUGUUACUCAUUGAGUUCAUCACUUAGUUCACUGAGCGAUGCCGAGUUUGAGGACCAUAAAUCAAAAGCUCAGCAGGUAUGGUACAAAAACAGGCACAACAAAAGCCUAAAUAUGAUGCAACAAGCCAAACCCUUGAGUAUCCAUAGCCAGUUUGAUGAGCCAAGUUCUCCAAGUUCUGUCAGCAUGGAUUCAGAAGACGACCUCCUUCAGAAAUGCAUUACAUCUGCAAUGCCCAGGCAAAGACGAAAGAUGGCCGCCAGGAAGAGGAAAGCAGAGAACAACCUAAUACAAAUGCAGAAGACUUCUGAUAGUUGGAACUUGGACGAGGACAGUGAUGACAUGGUGUGGGAUCAAGACUCAGACUUAAACAGUGUGGAGUGGAGAGCUAUUCAGGAAGGUGCAAAUUCUGUUGUGACUGGACUUCAGGCGUCCAAGUCUCAAGAGCUGUCUUCUGAAGAAACCGAAUCAGUCAUGUCGUUCAUGUCAACAUCCAGCUUCACACCAAAAGAAAAGAAGUUUGCUAAAGAUAAAAAGGCUAACAAACCUCUGGACUUUGCACAGCGCAAGCCAGUCCCAAACUUGCCAGUUGUUUUCAGGGGCAGAACAGUGACGUAUACUCCGAAAAAAGAGACCGCUCCGUCGCAAAGACCUCCACCCAGGAAAGUAUCGACCAAGACAGAUGCUCCAAAAAACCCAGAGCUUGCUCAGCACAGAUCUAAAAGCCUUCACAGAUUAGGAAGACCCCAAGACAUGGAGCUGUCUUUGCCAAAGAGAAGCUCCACACCACCUCCAAGAUUACCGAAAAGUUCUUCCUCUGGAUCCUCACAGAGUUCUACACCAUCCAAACAAUCACAAAAGAAGCGGACAUCGCCUCCCCAGACAAUAAACAGGCCAAUUCAAAAAAAGAGUGUUACACCAGCAAGUAGUCCCCCAGCAAGCAGCCCCCCUGAAAGAAAAGGGCGCUCUACCGUUGUCAACCGAGUUGAUAAAUCACAACCCCCUAAAACUCAGAAAUCACCGGUCAGAAUUCCUUUUAUGCAAAAUUCUGUGAGGCAAUCUAGACCUAUUUCACCUCUGGUAACCAACCAUGUGACCAUCAGGCAAAACCAGAUCAAUGGAAACAGAGUCCGACCUGCAAAUCGUUUUGACCUGGUCAGGAUGGCUUCAGUUCAUUCAAGUGGUGGCGAAGUGGACUCAAAUGGAUUCUUGAGACAGUUGACUUUCAUCAAAGAAUCUAAGAAUGGACUAAAACGUGACACUCCACGCAACAUGUCCCGAGUCCAGAACGGUUCCCCUCAUCGAGCAGUUCCAGGGCCCUCAGCUGUCUUCCUUUGCUCGUCCCGCUGUCAGGAGCUUAAAGUGGCUGCCCAGUUUCCACGACAGACCACAGGAAAAGGUGCUGGACAAGCACAGCAAGUCCAGAGAACUCAGCCGGGACAUCAGAAACAGCUCUCAAACAUUUCCAGGGCGACCUCCAGGGAGCGGGACCUGCCCGAAAAACGUCCAGUCAGGAGAACCACUUCAGAAAGCCCCUGUAGGGUAGCCCAACGGAAUGGGCCUAGCAGAGUUUGGGGAGCUCGACAGCAACAGGACAAAGAAACAUUUAAACGGCACUCCUCAUCUCCCAGCAUAAACAUCCUGAGUCGAGUGACCAGCCGCUCUUCCCUCCGGUCGUCAUCUUCCGAUUCAAGCGGCAGAGCAAAAAGCGAGGAUGACACAAAGAAGAGAGGGCAGAAAUCUCGUCUGAAUGACAGGGUCACCUGGAGGAGAAUCAGGGAUGAAGAUGUACCACAGAUCUUGAAAAGCACUCUGCCAGCAAACGCGUUACCCCUGGUGCCUUCACCAGAAGAGGACAAGCCAAAAGUAACGGGUCUUCCAGGGAAAUUGCCAACCAUACUUCUGGCAUCGCGCUCCAUGAGUGACGCAACGGUUCAGACUGACGAUUUCUCUAAUAGCAAGAUGAACUCCAGCACCUCCACGUCAGUGGAAUCAGCUUUAUUAAUCCCAGAGGACACGGCACGACGAGCACUCUUCAGAAAUGUCCAAGAUGGAGAUUAUGAUGGAUCCCGAAGGAGCCACAACAACCCUUCUACUGGAAAAUCAGAUGGCCAUGUCGGCGGACUGGUCCAUUUCCGCCAAGGAUGCCCGAGCAAGGCGGCCAGAGUUCCUCCAUUCAACUACACCCCAAGUCCCACAGCGACCCUGCAAGACGCUCAGGGCCAAGCCACGCACCAGGCCACCCACAAGUCUGAAGUAGACAUUUGAGGAAGGACAUUAGAAGAAAAAGUUGUGGACUAUCCUUUACCUUAAGUUCUGAGACCUUUUUUUUCUCCAACCCGUUGCAUCAAAGCUUGAACAGUCACCAUAGUCUACCAUCUAGUCUACCUGAGGUCUGUGGCUGUGUGUUCAUAAGGGUCCAGGCUGGCCCGGGUGACAGGAAGUGACACGUUUUUGUACUUGUUUUUAUAUUUGUAGAAUAUUCAUUGCCUACUAGACAUGUAGUCAACACAUGAUUCACAUGAACGGUAUGCAAACUUUUGAAGGGACAGUAUGCAAACUUUUGAAGGGGGCGGGCCCAACUGUGUACAAGCCUGUCAUGUUGGACAAUUUGCUUCCACCGGCCUGAUCGUUAAGUUCGCUUUGAUUGGCAUCUUUCUUUAAGCAGUGUUCGCGACAUGCUACGAGCUAACCGCUAACAACUCAGUGUUUGAGCUGAACAUUGAUGAGUGAUUGACAGGAGUCCAUCAUAGCAGCCUUGACUCGUGCGUCCUCAUCAGGUUUGUAAAUAAUGACGCUGCAUUAAGCUAAAGACAGCAUGCCGAUGCAUUCGCUGAUGUCGGUAUGACCUUCCAGUGGGCGUGUCUUGUACAUGAAAAGGUCAUGACCCUUCAGUCCUUUUAUUGUAUUCCUAGCUGCUUCAGUGUAUAUCCGUCAAAGUAGAGCUGCCAUGAAUAUUCUCUGUAGUCGUACCAUCAUUCACCUGAAGGAGGAGAACUGCUCCAUGUGCAUGUUUCACUACAGAACCAGGUAAAGGUAAAGAACUGCUCAAAUGUCUUCCCCGUCAUCAUUGUUUAUUAAAAGCUGUGGAACUA